UGGUAGUUCACCUCGAAUUCGCGCCGGCGCUUUCGGCGCGCGUUUCAACCGCUCUCACACAUUCUUUUUUAAGGCUUCAUGCUUUACGACCCAUAAAUUUCCUCAGCACCUAUUAUACACUCUGUUACUAAGCAUCAUGCAGACAAGUGUGCUGGUUCACCGUCAAUCAUUUUCAGCAGCGUUUACAUACGUUCUCGUCAUUCUUUUCGCGCUAAUGCACCUCGAGUGUGCUGAAGCGGGCCAAUAUUUUACAAGUGGACUGUCAAUUAUAAACUCUCCCAGUCCAAAUAGUCCAGGGCAUGCUGGUAGCACCCUUCCGAUUUCUAUUGAUGUGUCCGGAGAUGGCAGAUUGCCCGGCGAUUCUUCUUUCAGCUUGCUCGAGAUAUACCUCGUCUCCUCAGAAACAAACAUCAAUUUAACAGUGGUGUCGGGGGCAGACUUCCUCACUCAGGAGUCGGGCAGUGUUCGACAUGAAAACUUCAUGGUCCCGACUUGCAUCAAGGCAGGGAACUACAACCUGACAUUUUAUGAAACCUCGCAAAUCGAGGGCAAACCUUUUUUCAUCAUCACUCCUAUACCCCUGCCAAUUGAGAAUAGCAAUCCGUCGGGCUCCGCUUGUACUGACGGUCUGAAUGCCCUACAAGAUCAGCCCCAGGUGUUCAGUGCACCGGAGAAUCCACCGUUACCCGCCGGCGAAACCAUCGUAUUUCCUACGACUAUAACAGUCACGCCCACUCAGUCAGCGACUACAGUUGUAGUUGUCUCCGAGUCUGUAACAACAAUAGUUACAACUGACAGUCAAGGACCCGUUACAUUGACGUCUACGGAGAGAUGGUCGACAACAGCGGUCAUGCAAUCUUCGGAUCUAUCAGGAUUUGUCCCCGUCAAUGAUGGGCACGGAACUUUACCGUGUUGGACCUUGGCAUAUGGUUUCCUGUGCGGUGCCUUGAUCAAACUAUGGUAGCCCUUUCGCACCCAAUCGUUGGUAUUUAUAUGCGUCUUCAGUGUAUGUAUAUUAAACUGUGUCCCUCGAAUUCACGGAUCUCUUUGGGGGGCGUUAAUUGACAUGACGUCACGCGUCUUGUUUAUAUGAUUGUCCAUGUUUUUAUGCGAAAUUCAGAUUCCGCU